AUGGUGACAUCUUUAAAUGAAGAUAACGAAAGUGUUACUGUUGAGUGGAUUGAAAAUGGUGAUACUAAAGGAAAAGAGGUACAAUAUAAUUAUAUUGACUAUCUAAAAAAAGUUAUUGAACAAAUUGUGAAGAAUCGAAGGACAGUGGUACCUGCUAAAGUUGAAGCUCCUACUAGAGACAACAGAGUGGUUGGUUCUGCACGUGCGCGGCCUACUCAGCUUCCUGAACAGUCUUCCUCUACACAACAGAAUGGUAGUGUUUCAGAUAUAUCUCCAGUUCAAGCUGCAAAAAAGGAAUUUGGACCCCCUUCACGCAGAAAAUCAAAUUGUGUGAAAGAAGUUGAAAAAUUGCAGGAAAAACGUGAGAAACGAAGAUUACAACAGCAGGAACUUAGAGAGAAACGCGCUCAGGAAGUUGAUGCUACAAAUCCAAAUUAUGAAAUUAUGUGUAUGAUCAGAGAUUUCAGGGGGAGUCUGGAUUAUAGACCACUGACAACUGCAGACGCAAUUGAUGAGCACAGGAUAUGUGUGUGUGUAAGAAAACGACCACUAAAUAAAAAAGAAACUGUAAUGAAAGAUCUUGAUGUAAUAACAAUCCCUAGCAAAGAUGUUGUGAUGGUACAUGAGCCCAAACAAAAGGUGGAUUUAACACGGUACUUAGAAAACCAAACUUUCCGCUUUGACUAUGCCUUUGAUGACAGCGCUCCUAAUGAAAUGGUGUACAGGUUUACUGCAAGACCACUAGUAGAAACAAUAUUUGAAAGAGGAAUGGCUACAUGUUUUGCUUAUGGACAAACAGGCAGUGGAAAGACCCAUACAAUGGGUGGUGAUUUUUCGGGAAAGAACCAAGACUGUUCAAAAGGAAUUUAUGCACUAGCAGCUAGAGAUGUCUUUUUAAUGUUGAAGAAACCAAACUAUAAGAAACUAGAACUUCAAGUAUAUGCAACAUUUUUUGAAAUUUAUAGUGGAAAGGUUUUUGACUUAUUGAACAGGAAGACGAAAUUGAGAGUUUUAGAAGAUGGUAAACAGCAAGUCCAGGUGGUGGGAUUACAGGAACGAGAGGUUAAAUGUGUUGAAGAUGUACUCAAGCUUAUUGAAAUAGGCAACAGUUGCAGAACAUCUGGUCAGACAUCUGCAAAUGCACACUCAUCUCGAAGCCAUGCAGUGUUUCAGAUCAUCCUCAGGAGGAAAGGGAAGCUGCAUGGUAAAUUUUCAUUGAUUGACUUGGCUGGAAACGAAAGAGGAGCUGACACUUCCAGUGCCGAUAGGCAAACACGACUGGAAGGUGCUGAAAUUAACAAGAGCCUUUUAGCACUUAAGGAGUGCAUCAGAGCCUUAGGCCGAAAUAAGCCUCAUACUCCAUUCAGAGCGAGUAAACUUACUCAGGUCCUAAGAGAUUCAUUCAUAGGAGAAAACUCUCGCACCUGUAUGAUUGCUACCAUUUCUCCAGGGAUGGCAUCUUGUGAAAAUACUCUAAACACACUAAGAUAUGCGAACAGAGUAAAGGAAUUUGGAAUUAGUCCUUCGGACAUUCCCUUCUCACAGGGUAGUGGCAGUCGCUCUGAUCUCUCUCCUUCCUAUGAGUAUGACGACUUUUCUCCUUCAAUCACCAGAGUAAAGGAACUGACAGUUGAUCCCACUGGUGCUGGUGAUAUCCGUCCAAUCGUUCAUCAUGCUCCAAAUCAGAUUGAUGACUUGGAGGCACAGUGGGGUGUUGGUAGUUCACCUCAGAGAGAUGAUCUCAAACUACUUUGUGAACAAAAUGAGGAAGAAGUAUCGCCACAGUUGUUUACUUUCCAUGAAGCUGUGUCACAGAUGGUGGAAAUGGAAGAGCAAGUUGUAGAAGACCACAGAGCUGUCUUCCAGGAAUCUAUUAGGUGGCUAGAAGAUGAAAAAGCUCUCUUGGAAAUGACAGAAGAAGUAGACUAUGAUGUGGAUUCAUAUGCUACACAACUUGAAGCAAUCCUAGAACAAAAAAUUUACAUUUUGACUGAGCUUCGGGAUAAAGUGAAAUCCUUCCGCACAGCAUUACAGGAGGAGGAGCACGCCAGUAAACAGAUCAAUCCGAAGAGACCACGUGCCCUUUGAGGCAAUCUUCUGCUGCUAAAGGAUGCCUGAGCCUUCAUUGCUGUACCACAGUUGGUUGGAAAUGAAGCUCUAAGAAGUCAACUACUUGAAAGAGCGGAAACUUUUGAAGUGUCUGUGGAGAUGCCCCGUUUCUUCUUCCCCUGGCUGACAUUUCAGUUGUGUGGAACACUCCUAAGAUGUCUGCAGAAUGCUUCUAGACCAGAUAGCACAACCAGGCAGGUUUUGGAGAUGGGAAGCACUUUUUGUUUCAAAUGUUUUAACUUACUCAAAAUUGUGAAUUUUGUUUUGGAAAUAUUUGCCAAUUUUUAAAAAAUAAUGAAGUAAAAUGGUGGACUUGUAAAAAAGAAAAUUCACAGUAUUUUGUUUCACUUAUGUCAAGUUUUGUUGCAAAGAACAGCUGUGCAGUUUUGUAUUUGCAUGCAUGCCCACCUCAUCCGUGAUUGUAUAUACCUCCUCUUCUAGACAGCUGUGCUCACCUCUUCCCAUUUGUGCCUUGACCAAGGCGACUUGACCCUAUACGUCCUCUCUAAAGCACAGCCUUAAUAAAUGACAUUCCUUAUUUGUCAAUGUAAAUUACUUUUAUUGUGUGUACAUUUUAAUGUGUGUUUGGGUUUUCAUUUUUCGUGACUAGUUCUUCAUUUCACAGUAUGUGCCAUAUCAUUGACCUGGAAUUAAAAACAUGUUGGUGUGGAUUGACGGCAAGCCAUUCCAUUUCCCCCUGUAAAAAUCUGGAAUCAUGAUUUAUUUCAGUUCCCAUAAAGAGUCUCUAACAUUUUCUUUGUAAAGAACAAAUCUAUAAAUUACUGGAUGUAUAAUAAAAGGUAAUUGAUUAUGAA